AUGUGUGCAAGACCAGCCAUCCUCAUCUCCAACAACAACGAGGUGUGCAUGCAAAACAAGGGCAGGGGCCCAGAAAUCAUCUAUGAAUUGGUGGGUGGGGGUGGGGCCCAAAAACCAUCUGCUGAUCAGCAGGCAAAGCGAGUGUGGACAUCAUCAUCUUCAACAACCAGAGCAAAUGCGAAUGCCUUCAUGUUCAAUGACAGGGCAGGCACAAAGAAUGAGGGUGGGGGGCCUAAAAUUUGUCUACUGAUCAGUGGGCAAAGCAAGUACAAAGCAUCUGUGUCUUCGACAACUCACAGGAUGGGUAUGUGCUCCAAAGCAAGCCAGAAUGUUGGGAGGGGAUAUGUGCAGUCAGAGAGUGUGCAUGCCACAGGGCAAUGGGGAGGAGCUGGCAGGAAACAGGUUGAGCAUGAGUGUGGACAUCAAUGGCACACACCUACACUGGUGAAAUAUGACACGUUGAGCACAAAUGUGGACAUGCACGUAGUGCCAUGGGUGGAUGGGCAGCAACGAGCCCAACACUGA